CGUCGUCAGGCUGGAUGCGCUGCAGAUCCUGGGACGUCGGAAUUGAGACAUGCAUUGGGUUUUGAGUUUCAGUUUCGUUCCACAUCGCGAUUGCACAGUGGACCAACUGCAUUGGGGCCAGGGCGAACACUUGCCUCCGCGGAGCUGUCGAUCGGGACGAGAGCGCCGCCGCCGACACGCAGCGCGAACAUGCAGACCGCAAGUCCAUCCUCUGUCGCAUUGCGACGGGCUCUGAACUCGUGGGCGUCGGAAGAGCUCGACCCGAACGUGGACGACCAGCCGUUCUACGACACCUUGAACGAAGACCCGAUUCGAGACGGCGGCGUGCGCAACAUCUACUCGCGCGAGAACAUUGGUCUCCUCUUCAACUACAUAUGCACGGGGUGGGCCGAAGCGAUCCUUCCCGCCACCAUCUACCCGUUCAUGACCAACUACCUCAACAUGGAUGGGUACCAGACCCAGGCGGCAUUUGUCCUCAUCACGUUCCCAUAUAUCCUCAAGACGUUCUUCGCGAUUCUGUCCGACUGCGUGCCCAUUAUGGGUCGACGGCGCAUUCCAUACCUCCUCAUCGGGUGGUCCAUUUGCCUCUGCUUUCUCGUCAUUUGUGUCUUCAUCCCGCAGGGAAACGGGUACUGGAAGCACGGGGACCUGAACACGUUCCGCGGCGACGAAUCGCUUCGCACGGUUGUAAACCCGAACGCUCCGAACACCGGGUUUGGAUACAUUUUGCUCAUGAUGGGCGCGACGGCAGGGUUCUGCAUGGCCGAUUCGGCUGGGGACGCCGUCAUGGUCGAGUUUGCGCAGCGGGAGCCGAUGAGCAUUCGCGGAACGACCCAGACCAUCGUGACGCUGGCCAAGUUUGUGAGUGGCGGGGUCGCCGCCGCCAUCAUCGCGGUCGGGUUCAACGGCGUCGAGUACGGCGGAACGUUCAACUGGUCGCUAAACUUCAACCAAGUCAUGAUAGUGGCCGCUCUGGCGCCGGUCGUAGGGAUCGCGACGUCGUACUUCAUCCCGGACGACCCGAUCAACCUGGACGACGACGGGCCAGCGUGCCAGACACUCCACAGUACCUUUAUCGAGCUGUGGAAUGCCGCCAAGAAGCGUGCCGUGUGGCAGCUCAUGGCGUUCAAUUUUCUCAACGCGUUCUUCUUUGAUGCGGUCGCGGCGCCGUCCGACGUGAUCAAGCGGACAUGGGCCAAAGUGCCGCCGAUUGUCGAUGGCGUGUUCAACAACAUUUUUGCCGUGUUUUUGUUUGCGCUGGCCAUGCAUGUGACGCGCAACCAUUUCUUGCACUCGGACUGGCGGCUGGUCAUCUUUGCUACAACCGUCACGACCGUCGCGAUCCAAUGGACGGUGGAUUUCGUCAUGGUGUUUGAUGUGGUGCGGUCGCCCGAGUUUUACGUCGGCGUCCCGCUCACGUACCAAGUGCCGCUCGCCAUUCGCAACCUCGUUGUGACCUUUGCGACGGUCGAAAUCGCCGACGAACGAUUUGAAGCGUCCACGUACGCGCUCGUGUCCACCAUGAACUUGAUCGCAGGUCCGAUCUCGACGUCGCUGUUCAAGCAGAUCGACGCGAGCUUCCUCGCGUACAAAGACGACAUUGCCAAGGACACGCGCGAAGUGCGAUGGGAAGUGGCGUACUGCCUCAUGAUCUGCUACUGCGCGCGCCUGUUUUCAAUCGUCACGCUGAUCUUGCUCCCGCGCCAAAAGAAAGAAGCGCAGGAGCUCAAACUCAAAGGCAACACGAACGCGCAACUCGCGCUCGUGACGUUUCUCGUCGGCGCGUUUGCUCUUCUCUGGGGCGUCGUCACCAACGUCAUGUCGAUUUAUCCUGGGACAUCGUGCCUCCCGAUUGCCGGCGGUCCCGGCUGCUGUGCGAACGGGAGCCCAGCGAUACACCGCGGCGGCAUCACGUGCUAAAGCCGCCCCACCCUCGACUACCUCCAUAUAAAUUAACCAGUGUACGAAAUGUGAAUGGGACCGCCCGCAUGCAAACAGCGUAGCCGAGCGCGAGGCUUCUGCAUGCGCCAACGACACACGUCUCACCCCCAUGCCGACAACCAUACCCACCUCCUUCGACUCUGGCGUGCGGUGGUCCGUUGGUAGCCUCUUGACGGAGCGCGCACGAUCGGCCGA